UUUUUUUUCCCUUGCUCUCUUCAAGACCACUGUCACCUCACCCCCUCACCACCGCCUGCCCUGUUUUUUUCGUUUUACAUUUAAACACAAAGCACUGAUAUUCAUGCUCACAGUCAGUUCCAGAAAUGCGGCGUGAACAGGCAAGACGAAGGAUAAACCAUCAGUUUGCAUCCAUCACCCAACUUAACAGCAACAUGCUUCUGUUGAAUAUCUGCGUCUAUGCAAGCCUCAUGCUGUCCCUCCCUCAGUGUACGUAUCAGUCAUGCACAGAUGGGACACCCAGAGAGUGCGUGGAAGCAGAAUUUGUUCCAGGUAGCAAUUUAGCUGGGGAAGGCUUCGAUAUCACCAAAAUGGAACGUAAGGGGGCCUUUGUGAUCAACAUGAAUCAGUGGAAACGCAAGGACAAGACUUGCACCCUGUGCAGCAACCCCUAUCUGGAGAACAAGAAGCAGAAGCUCCCCUUGUCAGUGGUGGACUGGAGGGCAAAGCACUCCUGCAGCAUGAAAGUGGCCAGUAAACUCCACCGAUCCAGUGAGUCUCUGGUCAGCUCUAGUACCUCUUCCGUUGAAAACAACUGGAAGACCAACUUAAAUUUUGAAGGAGUAAGUCGAAGUGCCUCAUUGAUGCUGGCUGGUACCAAUUCUAAACUGGCUGAAUACUCAAUGGACAAAACGAAGAAUGACAAGUUCAGCUUCACAAGCCACAGCAUGUCCUGUGAGUACUACAGCUACCGAACGUCCGGCACUCCCAAGUUGCACAAAGAAUUUCGCACAGCAGUGAAACAGCUCCCCAAAAUCUACAGCCCUGAAAACAAGGGACGGUUUUACAAACUGAUUGACAACUUUGGCACCCAUUACAUCACCAAGGUGAAGAUGGGAGGAAGUGUUCAAUCUGUGACCAGCAUCAGGCAGUGCCAGGCCAGCCUGCAGGGCCUCAGUGCAGAAGAGGUGCAGAUGUGUCUGGAAGUUGAAGCCUCCGCUAGCAUUAAAGUUACCUUAGAAACUGAAGCAAAACACUGUCAGGCAGACAUGAACAAGAUGGAGAGUAAGACAUCCUUUUCCGGCCUCUUCAGCGACAGAUUCACAGAAAUAAAGGGGGGCCAUACGACAGAGCCAGACCUUCUCUUUUCUGCUGACAAAGAUCCAUCGGCCUACAAGGAAUGGCUGAACACAAUACCACAGAACCCAGACAUAGUCUCAUAUUCCCUGGAUUCACUUCAUGAAUUGCUGCCUACUAACACCCCUGUCCGUAAGAGCCUGCGCUCAGCCAUUACUCAUUACAUCCUGGAGAAAGGUCUGUGGAAGAACUGCAGUGAAAAAUGUCAGGCCGGCAUCAAGAGCGACCUGAAGGAUUCCUGCGUCUGCCAGUGCCACAAUGACCCCGCUGUAAACCGAGACUGCUGUCCAACCCGUAAAGGCAUGGCCGAAGUCACCAUAACUGUACAACGGGCUUCUGGUCUUUGGGGAGACCACAGCACAGCCACCGAUGGCUACGUGAAGGUGUCCUUCAAUGGGGUAGUGGUCCAACGUUCUCCAGUCAUUUACAAUAACAACAACCCACACUGGGAAAUGGUCGUCCCCCUGGGCUCCCGGGAUUUGUCAACAGACAAUAAAGUGAGAUUUGAAGUGUGGGAUGAGGACAACAAGUGGGAUGACGACCUGUUGGGACAAUGUGAGAUGGUUCUGUCUGCUGGGGUCAAGCAGGAUCUCUGUAACCUGCAGCACGGCAAGCUGUUCUACAAAGUGGAAGUGAAAUGCGCUCCGAGUCUGUGUGGAGAUACAUGCAUGGACUAUAAACCAACGCCUAUGACUCAAAGUCUGAAGCCGCUGUAUGUGUCCCGUCAUGCCCAUCCUAUUCCAAAGGCCAUCCUGUUAAAGAUGGGUGUGUUUGUGGACGAAACAAGUCCACAGAGAAACCAGAGUCUUACUACUCAGAGCCCAAAGUAUGAUGAGAUAUAACACCCGUGUGUUUAGCUUUACUGAGACUUUCAUAGCGACAUAUAACCCUUCUGUAACUGACAUCCCCCAUUAAAUCUGCACUGAGCAUAAAGGAUUAUUUGGUAAGAUUUUAUUAUGUGUUGACAAAGCAGCUGCAGCUCAAUUCUAGAAAAUGUGCCUAAUAUAUGAUAUGUUUCAGUUUAAUUGAAAUUAAAGUUUUUAAUUUGCAGUUGCACAGUUUACAGUUUCUGGACACUAAAUGAUUUGUGUCUGACAGAAGAUCAAUAUUAACGUAGGCUUUCUAAUGACUGAAAUAAUGCCCAUCAUACUCACUUUUUUUACGGGACAAUACAGCAUAUCAUAUAAAGGUUCUUGUAGCAAAAAUGUAAGUUUGAUAUAACAUAGCUUUUUAUUAUAAACGUAUUUAUGCCUUAUUUUUCCACUUCUUUAUUUGCACAUUCAAAAACAUGAUGUUGUGUAUUGUGCAAUCACUUUUGAAGCAUUCAAACAUGUAUAACAUCUACGAGUGUGUUUCAUGUGUUUUAAUCUUACAAUCUUUGUUUAUUUGAAUAAACUCACAAUAUCUAAACUGUU